UUCAUACAAUUCGAUCCACCCGGUGAGUUUGCAAUUAUAAGAGACUUCAAAAAACGAGAGAUGAUCUUCUUGCAAAAAUCUUAGCAACUAAAUGCUCUGGUUGAACCGCGCGAAGCCACCCAAAACCACACAAAUGCUCUUUCCGCUUCGGUGACUGAGCGCAAUCAGAGAGUGCCAAAUGUAGUAAAACAGCUCAAGCAUAUCCUUCUUGCGCUGAGCACUGGUGGUUAGUGCUGUCUAGGUCAUUGCUACGAAACAUUUGGCGUAGAGAUCAGUCAGUAACAACUGGUUUGCACGAUGACCCACAAAACUCAGUACUUCAACCACCCGGACGGUCAGUACGUACCGGCAACGAAGGAUUUAAUAGAAAUAAGCAACAGUUCUCAUAAAUUGCUCGACAUUUUACUACGAGUGACCAAAGUGAUUCUAUUAUUCGUGCCAACAUUGAUUCUGGAAGUGAUCACAUUCUUAGUGGGAACGAAGAAAAAGUCCAUCAAGGGACAGAUCGCACUGGUGACGGGUGGUGGGAACGGAUUGGGAAGAUCUCUGUGCUUACGACUGGCCAAGGAAGGAUGUCACGUCGCUGUUGCAGAUAUCGAUGUGAUUAGCGCUGAACGAACGGCUCUUGAAAUACGCGGAUUAGGUGUAAAAGCAGAAGCGUUCAAGGUUGAUGUUGGCGAGCAACAAUCAGUUGAGCAGCUGAAGGUCAAUGUCGAAAGCAAGCUAGGUCCAGUGGAUAUUUUAAUCAACAAUGCAGGCUUGCUGGCGAUGCUUUCGCUCUCGGAGGGCACACCGGAGGAUGUGCAACGCAUUAUCGAUGUCAAUCUGACCUCUCAUUUCUGGACAAUCAGAGCUUUCAAAGAUGGAAUGAUGGAGCGUCGGCGUGGCCAUAUAGUGGCAGUGUCAUCCACUUUCGGUAUCGUACCCUUCGGUCGCACUGUGUGCUACAGUGCGACGAAGUUUGGAGUUCGCGGUCUAAUGGAAGGCUUGAAUGAGGAGUUUUUCAUGAACGGCUACGGAGACGAUAUUUUCGCGACCUGUGUCUAUCCGUGCUUCGUCGCAACUAGAAAAGAAUUUCUGUUGUACCUCCAGCAGUACGGCUGCCGAGUGCCGAUCCAAACACCCGAGGAUGUGGCUAACCUGGCAAUUGAUGGACUACUGAGAAAUCGGUGCGAAGUAAUUGCUUCUCCUUGGUAUAUGCAGAUAAUAUUGAAACUGUAUUCACUAAUGCCGAAUAGCGUGAAUCGAUUAGUUAUGGGUGUUUUUGUCGAUAACAUACCACAGUUGACCGACAGGAACUGAACUGCUAUUAAGCAGUUUCAAUAGUCAUGCCAAAACAACAACGA